AUGGUGCGGCACGUCUUCAAUCCCGACUCCAAGGUCUAUCUGGAGCUUUGGGAGGAGCUCAAACGGCAGGUGUGUCAAGGCACCGCCGCGAACUGUUUCUGCAAAAGCUUCUACCUGAAGGAUCCCGAGAAGGCGGAAAUUAACAACCUCAUGGUGGCCUACGCUUGCGGCGGAUUAGUCGAAGCAGGCAGUGGUCGGCCGGGACCGGCUCCCGGCUGGGAGGACGAGCCUAACCUGCCCUACAUCCGCGCCAUUAUCGAGGAAACCCUGCGCUGGCGGCCUGUGUACAAAUUCGGCAUGAUGCAUGCCACGAGCGACGACGAUUGGUACGAUGGAUACUUCAUCCCCAAGGGAUCGGUUGUCAUCUUGAUUUGA